UUUCCUGCCUCCCUCCCCCCGGCCUGCCCAGGGCAGCGGGGUCUGAGCUUCUGAACAGCUCCCCCUCUACCCACACCCCCAGAUACCCCAGCACCAUGUUCUCCCUCACCUCCUGGCUCCCCUCCCUGCCCUCUCUGGACUGGGGCUCCAGCUUACUGGACUCCUUCCUGCAAGGCCUGAUUGGAGCCUGUGGCGUCUCGGUACUUGGCAGCUUCAUGAAAAUCUAUUUCUUCAUCUAUUGUGUGAAUGAUCCCAAGAGACAGCAGGAAAAGCAGUACCUGGUGAGCCAGUGGGCCGUGCUGGAGCCCCUGCACCUGGUGGGGCUGACAGCCUUCCUUACCGUGGUCGGGGUCCGAGUGGCUGCCCUCGUGGUAUUGGAGUUCUCACUCCGGGCUGUCUCCAUGCUGCUAACCUUGAACAAGGGCCCACUGGUCCCCGAGCUCCUGCAGCUAUUCCUGCUGUGCCAAUAUUCCCUGGGCUGUGGGCUGUCGUGCGGGCUGAGCUUCCUGCUGGAAGGGGCCCCCCACCGGACUCUCAACUUGCUGCUCAGCCUGGGCUUGGCGGGGCUUCUGGCGAGUGGGGCCCGGCGACUCUACCACCAUGUCGGCCGCCUCUAUGAACUGCACAGCCGCGAGCACUACUGCGGGGCCUGCCUGACCCUGCUGGCCAAGUGGCAGGACCUGCCCACCCUGCUGGGCCGGGCCCUGCGCCUGGCCUUCCUGGUGGGUGAUGUGGCGGCUGUGGCCCUCAUCAACCGCGACUUCCUGACCACCUCAGAGGCCGUGCGCUUCUGGACCCCGCUUACCAUCUGCUAUACUUUGCUGGUCAUCUACAUGCAGGAAGAACACCGACACCAUCCGAGCACACGGAACCAAUACCAGACGGUGUUUGUGCGAAUGGGCGGCCUCUUUAUCCUCCUGCUGACCGUCGGCCACUGGCUGGACCUCAUGGGGGUCUUGGUCUCCCUCUCUGGGGAGCUCUGGUGCCUGGCUGGUUCUCGGGUCCUGCUUGACCUCUGUCAGAAGCAGGAUCUCUCCCAGAUACCCUCUGUGGCAGCACCAAAUCAGGCGAAGCCAGAAGCUCAACCUCAGCCCUCCCUCUCCAAAGAGAAGGCCCAUUCCUAAGGCCAGGGUGGCAGAAUUGGGGGCUCUUCCAGGACCUGGCACCCCCAAAAGACGGACCUGCUAUGGGGGAGAUCUUAGAAGGACACAGCUAGAAACUUAGCCCUGCGGGUCAGGGCCACCCUGGGACCCUUCUGUCUGGUCCAGAGGGGAGGGCUUCUGUUGGCUUGCAAAAAGGAUUUCCCAAUCAGAGCCAGGCUCGGACAAGAUGGCGAGGGAGCCCAGCUCAAACUUGGUAUCAUGGUGCUUGGACCAAGGUUAAGCUGCUGAUCUUAUCCACUGUUUACCCCCUGGGGAGGGAGGAACUUGGGGGCUAACUGUCCUUGAUGGUGGAGAGAGUCUUGUAUCAGCCCCUCUCUGGCCUCCCUUCCCUAUUGCCAUAAGAAAUAAAACAUUCAGACUCUGAGUUAUCACA